AUGGACUGGUAUCAAGCGAAUCGCACCUGUGCCGAAUCUCGAGCGAAACUUGCUGUUCCUAAUUCGCAAGACGAACAAGAAUUCCUGUGGGAGUUUUUCCUCAGUGCAUUUGAUCAGAAUCCCACGGGAGAUCUGUGGAUCGGCUGUAACGACAUCGAGGUGGAAGGGACAUGGAAGUACUGUCCGUUGAGAGAUGGAGCAAACGCCUACCAAAACUGGGAUAACCGUGAGCCUAAUGACAAAGGGGAUGUUCGUUAUGCUGAUUGUGGUCAUAUGAAGACAAUCACGGAUGGAAAAUGGGACGACCACCCUUGCUCAAAUCGCAAAUACGCAGCCUGUGAACGACCAAUCCAGAAAGAAACCACCCUGUUCUGCCUUGAGACCAACCCCGCUGGCCGUAUCGCCUCACUGUGCCUCGUCGAUCACAUCGCGAAGGAGCUACCGGUGACUGGCGUGCUGGCGUGCAGUAAGGCCUGCCGAUCGGAUCCUCGAUGUGGUUCCUUCAACCUGCUUGAGAUAGGCCCAGAGAAGAUGCAGUGUCAACUGAACAACGCGACUCGGCAGGAGGCUGGCUCAAAAAUGAAUCAUAUGUUUGCAGUGUUAUUCGCAUUGGGAACCGUUUGUGGCCUUUAUUCGGCUUCAAUUUGCCCUCCGAACUGGCAACAGUACGAUGAAUCCUGCUAUCUGCUGAUAACCCAACCCAUGGACUGGCACCAAGCGAAUCGCACCUGUGUCCAAUCCCGAGCGAAACUUGCUGUUCCUAAUUCGCAAGACGAGCAAAAAUUCCUGUGGGACUUUUUCCUCAUAGACCAUAAUCCAGAGGAUAAUCUCUGGAUCGGCUGUAAUGACAUCGAGGUGGUAGGAACAUGGAAGUACUGCCCAUUGAGAAACGAGCCAAACGCCUACCAAAACUGGCAUGACGCUGAGCCUAAUGACAAUGGUGGUCAAGAUUGUGUUUACAUGUCAUACGGGAAUGGAAAAUGGGACGACGACGGUUGCUCAAAGCUCAAAUACGCAGCCUGUGAACGACCAAUCCAGAAAGAAACCACCCUGUUCUGCCUUGAGACCAACCCCGCUGGCCGUAUCGCCUCAGCGUGCCUCGUCGAUCACAUUGUGAAGCAGCUACCGGUGACUGGCGUGCUGGCGUGCGGUAAGGCCUGCCGAUCGGAUCCCCGAUGCGGCUCCUUCAACCUGCUUGAGAUAGACCCAGGGAAGAUGCAGUGUCAACUGAACAACGCGACUCGGCAGGAAGCUGGUGAGCUGUUUAUGAAGGAGAUUCAAAACUGCUACUUUUUCAAUCUUUAAGAACCUGUCUUCGAAACCAAUGUUUUUGUGCUAACAGUCGCGUACGCAUGGACCAGUAAAGCACCUUUAAAGGAAAUGUUCUUCAUUCGUGAUGAAUGCCCAAUAGCAGAGUUAUCCCGAUGUUUGGACACAACAACGUUUAUUAAUACAUUUCUAAGAAAAAUUGAGUCGCCAGGAAGGGGAAAGCCCCGACUUCGAAUACAAUGCCAUGAACACAUAUUGUAAAGUUCUCACAAUUAAUGUCAUCAGAAUAUUUUCCCAUAUAACAUUGCACUGUAUAAGGUAAAAACGUUUGAAGAUAUGUCAUACACGUUUAAGAAUCAUUAAUUGGAUGCAGCAACUUUAAUGUUUAAAUUUUUAAUGUCAACAAAACGUUGAUACUUGUUUUUCUCUAUAUAUUUUCUCUUUCUCUAUUAUUUCAAAAAAGAUUCGAAAAUUUUAAAUGUCCCUGAAAAGCAAACACUUUCUAUACAUCACACGAUUGUUUUAAGUAUGCUUAUACAUGCCUUCAGUUCACGUGAUUUUCUACUAUAAACCAGCGUGUUUUGAACAUCAUAGAAACAUUACACGAAGACUGCAAAAUGUUGUAAAUAUUUUGUUGAAGUGAUUAACAGAAACAGAACCGCUUUAAGCGUCUUGGUUAACUUCCAAGUCGUUCGGCAAACAAAAGGACGCACCUUGGCAUUUUACCAGCUCGUUCGCUGUUGUUAGAGCACCUUAAUACCGCACCAAUGAUUCCAUGCAAUCUGUGUUGGAGGCAUCCUAGACGCAAUUUGAAAAUUAAUAUAAAAAUUACAGUUGCUUGACUGGGUGUGUUUGUAGAAGCUUAUGUAGGUCAAAAUGCAAUAACUAGUUGGUGUUGUUGUUUACGGCUAAUAUUUUAAGUGUAAAUUCAUAUUUCAG